CAGGCAGAAUGGGAAUUAUGAGCAGUAAUGGAACAGAUCUGACCACUGGUUUCAUCUCUUCUUCUGUAGCUGUCAUUUUGUUUGGCUCAAACUUUGUGCCACUUAAAAAGUGUGAUACUGGUGAUGGAGUGUUUCUUCAAUGGGUUCUUUGUGCUGCCAUAUGGCUGGUUGCCUUGGUGGUCAAUCUGAUCUUGCAUUGUCCUAAGUUUUGGCCUUUUGCAAUGCUUGGGGGCUGUAUUUGGGCAACAGGGAACAUUGCUGUUGUCCCAGUUAUCAAAACCAUUGGUUUAGGCCUUGGAAUCUUAAUCUGGGGAUCAUUUAAUGCAUUAACUGGCUGGGCAAGCUCAAGGUUUGGCUGGUUUGGAAUGGAUGCACAAGAAGUAUCCAAACCCCUUCUAAAUUACAUUGGAGCUGGGCUAUCAGUAGUAAGUGCCUUCAUAUUUUUGUUCAUCAAAAGUGAUAUACCAAGUAACACAUGCUCCCUGGAUACCACACCAUUAAUCACAGAACAUGCAAUCAACCAAACUCAAGAGAACUGUCGUGAUUAUUCCUGGGUGGAUAAACUUUCUACAGUGCAACACCGCAUAGUGGGCUGUAGUCUUGCAGCGAUAUCUGGAAUACUUUAUGGAUCCGCAUUUGUGCCAAUUAUUUAUAUCAAGGACCACAGUAAAAGAAAUGGUAGUAUAUAUGCAGGGGCAAGUCAAUAUGAUUUAGACUAUGUUUUUGCACACUGCAGUGGCAUCUUUCUUACAAGUACAGUCUACUUUCUGGUCUACUGUGUAGCCAUGAAAAAUAGUCCUAAACUAUAUCCCGAAGCAAUCUUACCAGGAUUCCUUUCAGGAAUACUUUGGGCAAUAGCUACCUGCUGUUGGCUAAUAGCUAAUCACUCUCUAAGUGCUGUGGUCAGUUUUCCAAUAAUCACUGCUGGUCCAGGAUUUAUAGCAGCAAUAUGGGGUGUGUUCAUGUUUAAGGAAAUACAGGGUCUACAAAACUACAUAUUAAUGAUAUUUGCAUUUUGUAUCAUCUUGACUGGAGCGUUAUGCACUGCUUUUUCUAAAAUCUAACAAUCUCAAAACCAGCAGAUGGCAGCAGUGGUUAAGAGACCAUUUCUGCUGAAGACACUAGAGAUGACGCAGAGAAUUCAUUUUCAUAUUGCAAAUGGAUCUCAACCAUUCUUGAAGUUGUAAAUGAUUUUUUCCCCUCAAAUGUGAGAAAGACGGAAAACUGGGUUUCAUUCAAGUAUGAAAAUGGAAAAUUCUUCUGAUGAGCUGUAUAUGAAGGUAGGACUUAAUUGAGUGAUUGAAAUGUCUACAUUCUUAUGGCAUUACAUCUGAAAGAGCUCCUUUUACCACAAUACGUAAUUAUUGCAUAAUUUAGAAAACCAUAUGGAGCCCAUUUACAAAGAAUUUACAGUCCAAAUUUCCAUCUUACCACACUCAAUCAAGAAAGGCAGAAAUACCUAAGGGAGGAAAAACUUACUCUAUAAUAAUAGAAUUAAAUUCCAAAUUACCGGGAUUCUAGAUAGAGAAAAUGUCAAGGUUGGUAACUGAAUGUUCAAAAGGACAUUUCAUUUUUACUGAAAACUUAUUUUUGUUUCAAAUUAGUACUGCCCAAUUCUGCCUCAUCCACCAUCUUAGCUCUAAAUGAUUUUAUCUUCAGAUAAAAUCCUUCCUCAGAGAACUGAGGAUACAUACAAUACACACACACAGAAGUAUACUAUUCCAAGUUUGGGGGAACAUUCUAAAGUCACUGAAGUGAGGUUUUAGCUUAUCAGAAUGAGAAUUUUAAGUGGACCAACAUUUCUUCAGUUGUAUAAUUUGUUUUUUUGAAAUUCCUAGAAUCUCUGUUGUAACUGGUGGUUUUGCCGUUUUCCGCUUGUGUUAACUUGUGGUUUCCACUACGCAAAGGGAAAUGACAGAAACGCUGGUUUUAUUUCUUUAUGGAAAGUAAAAUGUAAAUGCUAGUGCAAUGUAUUAUCACAAUGCUUCGCAAACUCCUGAAAAAUGUAAAUUCUACAAGCUCUCACCUGUUACUAUAUGACACUGAUGUGCAGGAGAGACAGAACAGCAUUCUGCUUAAAUGAUGAACUCUGGAGCCAACCUACCUGAAUUUAAAUCUUACCUCUGCCUCUUCUUAGUUGUUUGACUUUGGACAAGUUUUUGAGCUUCCUUGUAUCAGAGUCUUAAUUUGUAGAGUGGAGAUAAUGAUAGUACCUACCUAACAUGGGAGGCUCAAAUUAGUUAACAUCUGUAAAAUAAGUUCAAGAGUGGCUGGCACUUGGCAAGCACUAUAUAAUUGUUACUAUAAUUAUGUAUUGCUUGAGAAAGUAAACAUGUGUCUGUAGAUUGGAGAAUACCUUGUAAAAACUUAUGUCUCACCUCUCAUCCAAACAAUUCUACU